GGGCUCAAGAAGGCGUGCGGCAUCGUGUCGGCGCCGUUCGGCGGUGACUGCGACGCGUUCUUCCGCAAGCUCGACUACGUGAGCCCUCGUCGCUCCGUCCUCGAGCCCCUCGCGCCGCUCACUGACACACACCCUCUCGCAGUUCAUGUACGGCGGCGCCGGCUUCGUCUUCCUGUGCCAGGCCCUCACCCUCAUCUGCGUCCUGGUCCUCAUCCGCCGCACGUACAAAAAGACGCAGUCGCUCCUGUGGACCUUCUGCGGGCACACGUGCGGCGGCUCGCGCCGCUCGUCGAGCAACGACCUCGAGCAGGCGAUCCCGCUCGGUCGGCGGCGACGAGGCGCAGCGAGGGCGCUCCUUCGCGUCGAGCCGGCGCUCGUCGACGGCCAGGCGGCACCAGCGCCGCCGUCGGUGCGCGAGCGCGUCGCCGCCCUGCCCCGCUCGUCGUUCGAGCUCGAGCGCAGGUCGCCGAGAAGCGCUCGGCGCGACCAUGCGGGCGCUGCGCGAGAGCGCGUCGAGCUCGCCUCACUUGAGAAGGCCGAGGCUCGUGCGUCGGCGGCGCGAGGACGGCGGGUACCGCGCGCUGUCGCUGCUCGAGGCUAGCGCAGGUGCGAGCGGUGGGGAGUGGAGGACGGUCACGCGGCCACAGGAGGAC